AUGUCACAUUAAUAUCACAGAAUAGAAACUUGACCUCAAAGUUAGAAAUUUUACAGAUUCUCCAAAUUUGGUCUCCCGUAAGCAUCUCCUCCUCCUCCUCUUUCUUCUUCUUGGUAGAUUGUACCUUUCUCCUCUGUUCUUUCUAUCUCUCUCACUUCUUUUUAUUUUCUCACUCCCUGACUGCAGAUUUCACACUUUCUCUUUCUUUCUGAUUCUUAAUUUUCAUUACAGUUUCUUCUGCAAUGUCUGAGAGAGUCUUUCCUUCUUCAAAACCCGCUGCCAAUGGCACUGCUGCCAAUGGCACAACCGCCCCCGCUACAAAUCCAACACCUACUGCUAACAAAUCUCAUCUCUAUAACCCCACUGCUCGCCCUCCUUACCGUCCACAGCCUCACAACCGCCGCCGCCGUUCUCGUAGUGGCCGGAGCAUUUGCUGCUGCUGCUGCUUCUGGAGUCUUCUUAUUCUCCUCUUGUUAAUUCUUAUCGCUGCAAUUGCCGGAGCUGCUCUUUAUAUUCUCUACCGCCCUCACCGACCGGAGUUCUCUAUCCCUUCUCUCCGCAUCCAUCGACUUAAUCUUACUACCUCCGCCGAUUCCUCCUCCUCUCACCUCUCUAGCCUCGUUAACCUCACUGUUAUAUCCAAAAAUCCCAACUCACAUCUCACUUUCUUCUAUGAUUCUUUCACUUUAUCGUCAUUUUCGAAUGAUGUGUUUCUCGGGAACGGGACGUUACCUGCUUAUAGCUUGAACAAGAAGAACGAGACUAGUUUUAGAAACGUUGUCGUUUCAGGCUCGAAUGAUUUGGACGCGGAGUCAGUUAAUACAUUGAGAUCGGAUCUGAAGAAGAAGAGCGGAGUGACGCUGAAGAUUGAACUGGAUACUAAAGUGAAAGUGAAGAUGGGCGGGCUAAAGACGAAGAAGGUAGGGAUUAGAGUUACAUGCGACGGAAUUAAAGGAGUAGUACCGAAAGGUAAGUCGCCGACGGUGGCCGUGACGACUGGUUCAAAGUGCAAAGUUGAUCUAAGAAUCAAGAUCUGGAAAUGGACUUUCUGAUUUGCUUAACAGUAAUCAGUGUUUGUUUUUUCUUUUUUAACUAUUGUUUUUAAAUAAUUUUUUCCAUUUUUUGGGGUUUGUAAACUUUUGGAGGAGUAUGAAGGGGGCAAUUAUGGAUUGGGGAAAGGGAAAUUGAGAUUGUUAUUUAGAUUAAGUGAAGAAUGAAAAACAAAACGGAAGUGUUGAAAUCAAGAAAUUUUUAUAUUUACUUCAUAUAGUUUGCUUUUACUCAUCAAUUAUUUGGAUCACCGACAUGGUAA